GGCUGACGCCAGCAGCAAAGGGGCGGGAGACGGGAAGUAAACAGCAAGGCUCUUCGCCAAUCAGAGCUACAUCUGGCGAGCGACCAAUCUGAAGCCGGUCAGGAGGCGGGUGUUGUGCGCAACCAAUCCACGCCGUCAGCCGCCCACUCUAGCCAAUCCGAGCAAGCAGAGCACUGACAGACUCAGCGUUCCCCCUAUCAAAAUGCCAAGAGGGCGGGCACAUGGGUGAGCAGGCCUGGCGGCUAACAGCUCUUCCGCCAUCAUGGCGGCGCCCAAAGUAUGAGGCGAUGUCGGGUCGAGGCGUUUGGCUCCGGGCUCGAGCGCGGCUGCGGCGCUUCCCCGCACUGCUGGCGGGCUGCGGGGAGCAGGCAUCGGCUUACGGGCGCUGCGUGGCCGCGGCCUCCGCUGGAAGUGUGGAGCUACGGCGGGACGUCUGCCUGCGGGAGUUCCAGGCCCUGCGGGAGUGCUUCGCCCGCGCGGCGGCGGCGGCGGCCAAGUGAUUGAGGUGCCGGAGGUGACAGCGGCGACUGCAGCUGCGGUGCGGGGGGGUGGAGCUCGGGGUUGGCGGCGUUAUGGGCCCGGCCCCGGGCUCCUUCGCCCCCACGCAGAAGCUUUUCCCCGCUCAGCAAUGCCUGUGUGGGAACCGCGGCCCGUUUAUUAAAAAAUUAAAAUCAGA